CGUGCCGUAAUUUCGGCACUCCUAAGUUUUGUCCCUGGUGUCUCAGACCUACACGAGGAUGGAUCUUUAUUGUCCAAUUCCAAGGAUGAAAUUCGCAUCUCCAGCAAAGUCCAUGAUACUGGAUUAUCUAAUAGCCUUAGCGCUUUCGAAGACAAGCCUGAUUGGUUUGAAAAACCUUCUGAACAACAACAACGAACUGGUCGCAAGGACAGUCCAUACUUUACCCUUUUACAUGGUGCCGCUACACGUCAGCCUACUCUGCUUUUACCGUUCUUCUGCCUUCAAGUAUUCGACUUUAUUGUUGCAAUUCUUAGUAUCGUCGGAUUAAUGUCUUCUAAGCCUGACAUAUGCAUAUGGUUUCGCCUCAAGUCAUUGUUUUUUAUUUGA